CUCGGCCCUCCUCUGCACGCCCCUCAGUGGAUGAAGCUGAUUGGAUUGAGGCUGGACACCCGACGAACCCCAAAGUGGACCUAUCCUCCAUUUUAUCCCCUUUUACUGGGAUAUUUAAACCUGUCUGUCCACAUGCAGGUCAUUUUCGUCGUGCUGUCUUGACUAUAAACAAAAGCUGUUAACCCAGACGGCUGGAAACAUCUAGAUCUGUAUUCGGAGUUUGGUGUGUGUUGUUAAGUAACUUGGCCCUUUUCCUCAGUAGCGCGCGAGAGCAGGUUGGGUGUUGUUGGGACAAGUUCGGCACGAGAGAUCACGCGAAAGAACAAUAUUUCACAUGCCGUGGCGUGACGCCUACGAUUAAUCAAGCUUUGAGUUUUAAUCCAAGAAUUUUUAGAGUAAACGGGAAACAUCAUGGUGACACUGGCAGCGGUCGUAGCGCCUCUCGCUCGGCAGAUCCACAGACAGCUGAAGCAUGCGAGAAGCCAGCGCUGGAUACCUGCUCGGGCAUGUAACUUGUCUGCAUGCUCCAGCAAAUUAGUUCUCAGUCAAGUGCAUCCGAUGUGGCAGGAGCCGCUCGCCAUUCCCGGUGGAGAUCGCCAGUCACCAAUUGACAUUGUGGUGCGUAAAAGCGUCUUUGAUCCGCAGCUCAAACCCCUGAAGGUGCAGUAUGACCCGAGGACCUGCCAGCAGAUCUGGAAUAAUGGCUACUCUUUUCUGGUAGAGUACGACGACACCACUGACAAAUCCACUCUGAAAGGAGGACCACUGGAGGAUCAGUUCAGACUAUGCCAGUUUCAUUUUCACUGGGGGGAGAACAACACCUGGGGCUCUGAACACUCCAUAGACCGCCGCCUUUACCCUGCUGAGCUCCAUCUUGUUCACUGGAACUCUGACAAGUACAGUUUGUUUGAGGAGGCUGUUAUUGAGGAGAAUGGACUAGCUGUUAUUGCAGUCUUUCUGAAGAUUGGAAAGAGACACGAGGGUCUGCAGAAACUGGUGGAUGCCUUGCCUGCAGUCAGGCACAAGGAUAGCGUGGUAGAGUUCACCAAGUUCGACCCUGCAUGUCUCCUCCCAGAAAACAUUGAUGACUAUUGGACAUACGCAGGUUCUCUGACCACUCCUCCUCUUACUGAGGCGGUGACAUGGAUUGUGAUGAAACGGCACAUUGAAGUCAGUCAUGAUCAGUUGGCAGUGUUUCGAAGCUUGCUGUUCACAUCGGCAGAGGAGCAGUUGCAGAGAAGUAUGGUCAACAACUUCCGGGUUCAGCAGGUUUUGAAGGGACGGACUGUCCGCUCUUCUUUUACCCCCUUCCUCCAAGAUGCUCCCCCAAUGAUGUAGCAACAAAACUCAGUGACCUAACUCGCAUCCUAACCUCCAGAGAAGAGCAGUGACUAACUCAUCAGUCACUUUUUAUUACGGAGAGCUGAUGAAGAUCUUAACUGGAUUUUGUCAAAAGUUUUCACCAUUUCCAACCAGGCAUUUUGGUAUAGAUUGGAGAGAUUCUAUUGAAAGGGAUUAACAAAGAUAUAAUUUAGUUAUUGAAGGGCCUGUUUACCCUCUGACAAGAUUCAUUCAUUGUCAUUUUGCUGUUUGUACAAGUAUUGAAAAUAAUGCUAGAAUUCAGGUAAUUCUAAUUUCUAAUUCUAAUUUAUGAAACACAUUUCCACUCAAUAUAGUGACAAACAGCUCCCUCUUGUGGAUAACUGACAAUGCAAAUGGGGGGGGGGGGGGUUAUUCAGUAGUUUUAGUUUAGUGGUACACUUACCUUGUUUGCUGCGAGGGAAUUUAUUGUAUGCAUGAAACUGCACAAUGCCUUUCAUUUUUGAUUGGUUUUUAGAUGUUAAAUAAUUUUACGUAAUUUCAGUAGAGAAAAUUUUAAAUAUUUUAAGACUACAUUUGAGUAUUGCAGUAUAAAUAAGACUAUAAAUAUAGACUUUUUGAAAGGUGCACUAGACAUUUAGAGGUGUGAAAGCAAGAGUAGAUUAAUGCGCACAACUGUUUAGUGAAGAUGCGUUACUGUACUUGCGGUGUAAAUCAGAUUUGUAUAGAAUAGGUUAUCAUCCCUAGUGCCUUUUUCCAUUGUAAUCGGUUAUCUGAGCAACUGCACAAGUGGUUGGCCAUAAUUGCCUUCUGGAAAAACAUGUGCCUCCAGUACAAAUCUCUUACAGUCUUUGUUGUUCUCAUCCUUAAAGCGCAUAAAGUGUAUUUAGUGUUAGUGAUUUUAAAAAAUAAUAACAGAGAAACUGUGUUUAGUCUCUAUGUAAGAAUGUCUUGUAAAAUGUAUUUGGGACCACCUGGAUGUUUCUUUCCACUCUAUGUCAUGAAAUACCUUUCAGAGAGGGACCUCCAUUUUCGAUCAUGUGUGCUCUAUUUAAUUUCUCCACUAGAGGCGUACAUGAGACUAGACACAAUGUAGAAUUGAGACCUACAGUAAGACCAAUUGAUUGUUAUAGUUCAAUCUUGGUGCAUUCCGUUUUCCUUUAAACAUGCUGCAACUGGCAAUAAGAAUAGAACCGUUAAAAUAAGACACUACGAUUGUUUGAAACGUCCAGGACCUCUGGUAUGUAUCUGCAAAUGAAGGGAUACAUACAGGGAGACCAGGCUCCAUUCCCUACACCUGCCCAAGUCUUUAGCUACUCUCAGAGUAGUGAGCAUUCCUUCACAUCAGGAGACCCUGGAACAAUGCUUUCUCAUUGAAGCAGAGUUGAGUAGCAUGUGAAAACACCUGUUGUUAUUUGAAUUUGAAUUAUGCAGUGGAUGAAUUAUAGUUUGAGGUUUUGUGACAUUCUGACACUUUUUGCUGUAAUGGGUUGGCAUGAGGGACAUGGAUUUGUAACCCCCCCCCCCACACACACACACACUUUUGGUGGGAUUUGCCUUUGUUUUGUUCUUUUUAAGUAGCUUAAGGCCUUCCACUUUUAAAGGAAAUCAACAUUUAACACGAAAACUAGUUUUGUUUUAUAGGCAGUCCCUUCCUGCACUUAUUUUAUGUCAUUUUCAUAAGUCACUUAUGCUCCUUAUUAUACAUUUUAUGAUGCAAAUGUAUGCAAAACUCAUGUAAUUUCUUUAUUGUGUGUAAAUGUUGUCAUUUUUCAUUUGUUUCAUGGGAUAUUGUAGGAAACUGGUCUUUUUUUUCUUUCAACCAUAUUUGGCUGAUUUAAUUUUGUUUUACUUUGGGGUGGACACAAGCAUGUGCCCAUAGUGAUUUAAGCAGGGAGAGGGUGGUGCCGGAGGUUUAUGGAGGCCCCAUCCCAGCAAGUGUUGUUUCACCAGGUGCUGGUUAGGUCCGGAUCAGCUGCACUAAAAAGUGCAUGUUUCGGCGGACUUAGCAAAGGGGGAGCCUACAGACCCAGAGGUGAACAUCAACAACUGCACAAUGUAACUACUCAUUCAUGCUGUCUGACAUGUGUAUUAACAUUUUAAUGUGUAAAAAAAUAAAAAUAAAGCUAUCUUGGAUGGGU